AAAAAAAAGAUAAUAAUAAUAAUAAUAAAGUAAAACACACGUUUCAAUAAAUACAACUUACCUAAAUGUUGAAUUGAUGACGUUGGUAAAUUUUAUUCAAUAGUUAACCAAACAAAUAAAUUAUUAAUCCGCCAAAUGUUGGAGAAAUUCCUCUGAAUUUUUUUCACGAGCAUCUUGAUAAGUAAAUACGUAAUAGGGUUAAUUAUUAUUAUAAAAAUAAAUUAAUUAAUUAAUUAAACAUGCAUACUGUGUUCACGAGAGCAAAUGCAAUUCUGGCAUACACGGUAAGUGUCGCCGGUUUCCUGACAUUUUUCUGUUUCCUGUCGACUGUGUUCCUCGACUACCGUGCAGUUGCUAAUUUAAAUACUGUCAAAGUAGUCGUGAAAAAUGUUCCAGACUACAGCGCGUCCAGGGAAAGAAACGAUCUUGGAUUCUUGACGUUUGACCUGCAAACUGAUCUCACUCCGCUGUUCAAUUGGAAUGUCAAACAGCUGUUCCUUUAUUUGACGGCUGAAUAUCAAACUGAAGCGAAUCAUAUUAACCAGGUUGUACUGUGGGAUAAAAUAGUUCUCCGUGGUGACAAUGCAGUCCUCGAUUUCAAAAAUGUAAACACUAAAUAUUAUUUCUGGGAUGACGGUAAUGGUCUCAAGGGCAACCAAAAUGUGACAUUAACGUUGUCGUGGAACAUAAUACCGAAUGCUGGAUUAUUACCUAGCGUAAAUGCAUUUGGGUCUCAUACAUUUGCAUUCCCACCAGAAUAUACAACUAAUAAACUUUAAAUAAAUAAUUCGUACAUUAUUGCAUAAUUAAUAUUAAUUAAUUAUAUUAUUAAAUACUUAUGCAUUUAAAUUCUGUCUGUACAUUUAUAUCAAUAAAAUUUUUAAAGAUAAUUAUUUUA